CGGUACGCUUUUGAUAUCGAACACAGCACCGACUCGCAGAAUACGCACUACUGGCGGCCCUGCGGCUGCCACACCCGUCCCGAUGUCGGCCUCACGAGCAUCUCCUCGUGGCGUGUGCGUGGCUGCGGCAGUCACCGACCGAGUCUGAGAGCGGAUGGCGCUGCUCGCGGUCGAGGGCUCCCCGCCAUGCUGCCGCGUCUCGGGAAUGAAACGCGCCUUGCGGGCCUCUGCACGCAUCCUCUGUCCGCGCGCGAGGUCCGCCUUGAGCACUGCGUGCGUACGCCGUCAAAUACGGCUGUCUUCCGCACUCGAGAACGACGCGAAGAACGAGCACGUCGAGCGAGAACGCCGCCUGUGGCGGCCGAGAGAGCCCGUUCAGCACGGACGAACGCUCGCGGGCAGACGAACGCGAGCGCUUUGUGGUACCCGUCUAGACAGCAUGAAUGUCGUACGUGCUCGGAGACGGCGCGUCUGAGGUUUGGGUCGCGACGCUGGUGUCGCGCAAGCAGAGUCCGGUGCAUGUACUUACUCGUAACGACUCGGAGGCCGCUUUCGCGCCCUCAGCGCCGGCCAGGUGCAGGUACCGCUGCAUCGAUCGCUCUCCUGGUAUUCUUACGACGUCUGCUCGCCCUCGCAGAAUGUGGAACGUGCGCGCGCGGCUCGCGAAGUGGGGAAUCCGGCUCCACGCGAUUACGAGGGCAUCGCGGACGUUUGCUGAGAGGCGACACGAAUGUCGAGUCGAGUCGCUUGGACACCGCCGCGAGGAUAGGAUUGUGCGAGUGUGCUCGCGGGGGGCUGUCUCCGGCCGUACCACUCGUCCACUCUUCUCCCUCGCACGCGGCAUCUCGAAGGUGUGACUACCGGACUCCAGACGCAAGACAUGGCCCACACGGUGUCUCCGAGUCACGCUCGCUGCGAGAUAGCCUGAUAUCGCGAGGUAUGGCCGUGAUCUCCGUAGACGGCGCUCCUGCGCAGCUGAGCCCGCGUCUGCCCUGGGGUUCGUGCAGAGACCGACACGCGCCUGCAGCACAAGGAGCUGCACCGCAGAGCGAGAACGGCGCUCUUUCUGAGUGCGACAUGCUCGAUUGUACAGCGCGGCUACCGCGCCUUCAACUUAACAUGAGAAUGGGUCCUCACUCCUUAGCCAGGCCGCCAGACGUCGCACUGGAGACUGCCUCGAUGCAAACACGCAGAGACUUCCCCCGCCGCGCGCGAUGCUGGUGCCCCGGCGCCGAGUAUUUCUGCGCCUAGAGCCUCGGAUGGAAGUCUCUGGUUGCUUCUCACUCGCACGGCGCACGAGCGUGCUCAAAAUUGCACGCCGGACUAUAUGACUCGCUUCACAGCGCACGCAUACUACGUUCGCCUCUCGUAUAGCUUCAAAGCCCUCCGUCCUUGCUCCGGCGGUGGCGAUCUGUCAUCCUGUGGUGCCAUUUCGCGGGUCGCGCGGUCUCCAAACGCUGGCGCAGCGGCGUUGUCCGGGUGCGCCGUGACCCGGGCAUCGGCGCGCGCUGAGGGCCGUCGUAACGCCCCAGCGAUGCCGCCUCCCCUCCGACGAUCAAUAUUCAAUCCCUGGUCCGCGCUCCUGCACGACGCGAACGAGCGUUACCCUGCCGGUGGGGCGCGCUGUAGUGAUAGGGAUGAGACAUGGGAUGCAUCGCAUUCUUCCAGGGAGCACCCCUCGCAUGCGUACGGCGUUGCAAGACUGACAUUCCCCCGUCUGGGCGGAAUCCAGGCGCGUGUCAUGCAUCGAAGCGGAGCCGCCUGAUCGUGCUGCUUACGCACAUAGACCGCGCCGCUGGCGUUGAGGUUUUCGAUCUAUCCGACAUAGAUUUUCCCGAUUUCUGUCUACG